GAGCUCUCAGUCCCUCCAUUGAAGCUGUGUGUACGGUAUACUGUCCAUGUCCAGAAAGCUCUCAGCGACUCGGCUGUGAACAAACGUAUCAGGACUCUUGGCUAUCUUCAUGUGUUUCUUCCAAAUAUUAUGAUGUCUGUGGCCUUUGUCUUCUGGGGUGUUACUGAAGGUUUUCUGUACGAGACGGUCUCUUGCUGUGCUCUUUAUAUACUGAGGCCUCUGAUGUUGCUUUAUGUCGCACCAUAUUUAGAGAAGAUGUCAGGUGAAGCUCUUUUCACAGAAAUCGUCAUUUUUGUAGUAGUUUAUGUUUCAGUUCUUACGCGUCGUGCUUGGGAAUCAGUUGUACAUUAUGCCAAGUCUGACAAAAUCGUGGUAUUGGCUGUGUAUGGCGUCAUGAUUCUGUUUAUUGUCAUCGGCAUCAUUUACCUUUUGUCUCAAAAGAAGAAGAUGUCAUGCCAUGGAGCGAUAUGUAAUUGGAUAUGGGAUCAAUUAGCAAUUGCAUCUGGAUUCAUCUUUUUAAUUCUUCCUUCAUUGCAAUUUGCUGUUGUGUACUUUGCUUUUGGAGCUGCCAGAGGAGGGUAUUAUGUGUCCAUAGCUGUCCCAGUUUUCUAUUUUCUCUCAUUUUCCUGUUUGUUUAAACUACGGGGAGGGAAAAGCUGUUUAGAAUUACUCAAUAAAACAGCAUGGAUAAUCUACAUGUUUAUCAUGAAUACAGUAAUGAUUCUUUUCUACAUCACAAUACUGACAAACAAAAGAGAUGGUGCAGGAUGGAUCUGCAUGGCUAUAUUUCAGCAAGCCCUGUGGAUGAUCGCAAUUAUUAUAUUUAUUGCCAGUUGGAAAACAGGAAAUAGGGGGAAAACUACAACCUUGAAUUCCACAUGUGAAUACAUGCGUUUAGAUUUAGAUCUAGCCAUCACCUUUAAAAAGAUGUUGUAUGUGUUUGGAUCGGUUGGUGUUGUUGUACUGAACUCUGGUUCACUGAUGACUGAACUGAUACUGAAAACAGUAAAUGGCGAGCGUGCAGUGGGGGAUCUGAGAGUCAUCGUCUUUUCCUCUGAGAGCCUCUUUGCCUUUUCUCUGCUGAUUUUACUCAUGUUUGGACCCUGGAUUUCAGACAUGAAGUGUCUGCAGUGUUUUCAGGAAGCAGCAAGGCCUUCUGACAUUCUAGUCACCAGAUCAGACCAGAACCGGGAUUCGCAGAAUUCAGCAAGAUCUGAAGAAACCCCAACCAAUGGAUUAAACCAGCAUCAGAAAACCACAGAAUCGCAUGAAAUAAUUCCUCUACUGAAUAAAGAUGAGGAGGCUAAUAGGAGGGACAUGAUAGAAACUGUUUCAGUGGUAUCUCAAACACGAACGUAAAUUAUAGAAAAAGAUAAGAUUCAUAUUCAACUGAACAUAUUUUUAUUGAUGGGUUGUCCAAAAAUGGACAAAACUAUAAUGAAAUAGCUGUUCCAUACUAGAAAUUAAUGUUAAUUUAAAACCAA